AAAAUUGUCCAAUCAAAACACGACUUUGAGAAUCAGGGAGAAUCCGUCAAACUUAUUUAUAGCAACACAAAUGUCAACUUCCUGUGAGAAGACUGUUUUUGCUUUGUCACUAAUUUUUCUUAUGAAACAAUGUUUCAGUUCGGAAGAAUGUUCCCGGAGAUGCCAGGGGGCAGGAACUUCAACGAAACCUACCGCUGUUACUCAGUCUCAAUGUUAGGGGACAGAGAAGAUGUGGAGAGGGGAGGGAAAAUUAUUAUGCCACCAUCAGCUUUGGACAAACUAACACGAUUGCACAUUCAGUACCCAAUGUUAUUUAAACUGACCAAUAAGAAAAUGAGCAGAGAGACCCACUGUGGUGUUUUAGAGUUUGUGGCUGAUGAGGGCAGAAUCUACAUACCUUACUGGAUGAUGAAGAAUUUACUGCUGCAAGAGGGAGAUCUCAUACAGAUAGACAAUGUCUCACUGCCUAUAGCCACAUUUGCCAAGUUUCAGCCACAGCAUACAGACUUUCUUGACAUCUCAAACCCUAAGGCUGUAUUGGAAAAUGCAUUGAGAAGUUUUGCGUGCCUCACAGUGGAAGACUUGGUUGAAUUCAAAUAUAAUGACAAGAUAUAUGAGCUUCGAGUGUUGGAAACAAAACCAGGCAGAGCAGUGUCUAUCAUUGAAUGUGAUAUGAAUGUGGAUUUUGCACCUCCAUUAGGGUAUAAGGAACCAGAGAGAGUGAAGCCACAGGAGUCAGAAGAAAAGAUGGAACAUGAUGAUAUAGAUGAGGAGGAUAACUCUUUUAAGGUGUUCCAGGGAAAAGGCAACCGAUUGGAUGGCAAAAAUAAAGGCUUAGAAGUUUCACAGAGUCAGACAAGCACAGGACCACCAAAAAGAGGAAUACCGAACUACAACUACAAGAAACAUUCAAUCACAUUUAUCAGAAAUCCUAAAAGAGCAGAGAAUGGUACAUCUCCUGAGGACAAAGAUGCAUUUGAAGCAUUCUCUGGAUCAGGUCAAAGUUUGCGAAACAAAGGAAAAAGUAAAGGUCGAAGGUGAUAGACUCAGCAGAUUUAUAUAUUAUUGCCACCAAGUUAUUUAUUAUAAAAUCACACCUUAAACUUUAAAUAAGCUGUGAAGUUUAUUCCAAACUGUUACAAAGAGGAGAAAGGAAGACAGAUAUUUUGGUUUGCAAGUCUAGUGAGAGAAUGUUCAGUUAAAUGUUUAUGAAUUUAUUAUGGUCUGUAUAGUGCAAUUGGUAUUUUGUGUGUCGGACAUUGACAAAAGAUUAAAAGUGUUUUAAAAGAAUUAAAAAUGUUUUUCAUUUGUUAUGUUUGACCAGUAAACAUAUUGGAAAUUUG